AUGAGAGUUGUUUCCGUUUCCGCGGCACUGGUGUGCACGGCAUUGGUGCAGAUCGGCGCGGCAUCGACUUGCGGCGCAAAGGGUGCCGACAACACUCCCUGGACAGCUGGCGGCCAGCGCAUCUUCGGGGGGCAGGCAGCCACGCGCUGCGAGUGGCCGUGGCAGGUCUCCCUCCAGACCUCGGGAGGGCACUUCUGCGGAGGAACGCUCAUCGCCCCGAACUGGGUCCUGACGGCCGCCCACUGCUUCCCUCGCUCCUCGUUCUGGGUCGUGGCGGGCCUUCACAGCCAGUCCCAGUCGGACACGGUAGGCGUGCGACUGGAGGUGCAGCAAGUGCACACUCAUCCGAACUAUGUCAACUGGGAUCAGGGCUACGACUAUGUCCUCUUGGAGUUGGCCAGUGCGGCUCCGUUGAACGACUGUAUCGGCCUCGCGUGCCUGCCAGCGGAGGACAUCGGUGCAGAUGAAGAGUGCUUCACCACUGGGUGGGGGAAGGUCAACGGAGGGAGCGUCCCUGACUUGUUGCAGGAGGGUGGGGUGACCACUUGGACCAAUGCAGCUUGCCAGGCUCAGUGGGGCAUGUCAGGGAUGACGAUCACAGAUGACAUGCUGUGCGCGCAGGGCUCCAACGGAGCACUGAUCGCUCCCAACUGGGUCCUGACAGCUGCUCACUGUGUGGGUAGCUAUAGCUUCUCAAUCGUAGCGGGCAGCUACCACAGACUUUCAGCAGAUUCGAGCCAGGAGGUACUGCAGGUGAAGCAAGUGUUCUCCCAUCCAGAGUAUGACAGUUCGACGAUGCGAUUCGACUUUGCCCUCGUAGAGUUGGUCGGUGAGGCGUCCUUGAACGAAUGCAUUGGGGUAGCAUGCUUGCCAAGUGAGGCGGUCGCGGACGGUGAAGAGUGCUUCAUAACUGGGUGGGGGACCCUUUCCUCUGGUGGGACAUCCCCUGACUUGAUGCAGGAGGCGCAGGUGAGCAUUAUCAGCAACUCAGACUGCAGCGCGGCCUACGGCCAAUCGCAGAUCACCGAUGACAUGUUGUGCGCCCAGGGCGUCAACAGCGCCGGGGACGUUACCGACGCCUGCCAGGGGGACAGUGGUGGACCUCUCGUCUGUGCUUCUGGAGGCGCUUCCUACGUCUUGCACGGAGCCACGUCCUGGGGCUACGGGUGCGCAGAUGAGCGGUACCCCGGAAUAUGGUCUCGGGUCAGUUACGUGCGUGAUUGGAUCGACGAGUUGAUGGGGGCGACUGAGGCCCCGACUCCGUCAACUCCAGCACCUCCUCCAACGCCUUCUCCUGACCACAUGUGGGCGGACGUCGUCGGCCAGUGCACGCUGGACGGCGCGUGUGUGCAGAGCGAGAAUUAUCCGCAGCCGUAUGGUAACAACCAGAUGUGCACGAUUACGAUCGACGCGUCGAACGCAGCACCGAUCGUCGUCGAGAGUUUUGACGUUGAGUCGUAUUUCGACUACCUCAUUGUCGACGGAGGGGACAGGUAUACUGGAACCUCAGGACCGAUCGUCGUAGAGGGCUUCAAUGUAGAAUCGUACUUCGAUUACAUCAUGAUCGACG